CGGUGGCCGGCGCUUCCCGUGGUGGCAGAAUCCGAGACGACGAGAUGGACGCCGACGCCCCGCGUCGCCGAUCGAUGCCAUCGCGCGAGGCGCGCAACACCGUGACCAACUACGCGUGCGACUCACCGACGUACCUUGACUCGGCCGAGCGCCGGGCGAAGCGGACCAAGCCCAACGACCCGCUGCCCAGCGAGACCGAGCCCACGACGGCGCCGGCCAGGGGCGACGACGACUCGGCGAUCGAAGUGGGCAACUGCGUCCUCGUCGACUUGGGCCGCGACUACGAAGGCGUCGCUCUUGUCCGCAGCAUGCAGUCGCUGGCGCGCCCGUCGUCAGCGACCACAUUUGUCGGGCAGUGGUUCUAUCGGGCCGAGGACAUUGCGCCAGAAAUUCUGGAAAAGCUGGGGACGCCCGUGCUGCACCACGAAGUGUUUCUCUCGACGCAAACCGACCGGAAUCUGCUCAAGCACGUGCGCGGAACGUGCAAGGUCGUGUCCGCGCUCGACUUUAUGGACCGGCUCAACGUCAUUCGCCAAGGCCACGAGAUCGACUCGGACGACGACGAAAAGACGUUCAUUUGCCGCUUCCGGUACAACCCCGAGAACCUUCUCGAGCCUUUUGCGGCGCUUCAAGAGCACGAGAUCCGCUUCAACUACUUGGCGGCUGCUAAGAUUGGCACAUCCCACCAGGUCGGGCCCCUGCCCCGCGUCGAGAAUAGCCUCCGCGACCGCUACCUCGCCGAGAGCAGCAAGGACCGACCGCACCCGCGCGCACUGCACAUGUGGUCGCCCUCGACCAUGGAGGCCCACCCGUUCCUGUUCAAAAAGUACCUUGGCAUGCUGGAUGUGGUCCGGUAUGGCGUCGGGAACGUCGUCAAGACGUAUCGGAAGGCGUCGCUGGCGUCGACGGUCGCCGCCCACGUGCGGGGCCUCGUGUUUGCCUACAACGACGACGGCACGCUCGGGCUCAUCACGUCCGACGGCGCCAAUCUCUUGUGCGUCCAGAAGAGCGACGUGACGUCCGUGCUCACGGACGACCGCGCAAUGCACCACUUUCACGCAACCAAGUGCAACGUCGCGCACGCAAUGCAGCUCGCAACGACUGAGUACAUGGGCCUGCAAGAGCACGAGCGUGCGCUGUACCAGCGCGAAGUCGAAAUCAAUUGCCUUUCGUCUAAAUUGAGUCUAACUUAACACACCACCUUUCCACUUUUUCGACGU